AUGGCAUAUCAAUCUCGAUAUCAUAUCGCAGCCGUGCGAAACCGCAGAUUGUGGAAACAAAAAUUAGCGCAGAACGAUGGUGCGGGCUACUUAGGAGGUAAGGAACCUCGUGCAAGGAAAGAAAGAUAUGACCUGCCGAAGAAUGGGCAGCUUGUCGCAGGAGAUAGUCAGGAGAACCAUAACAUUACACAGGAUAUACGACUCCACGACGUCAAAGCAUUACUCAACCUUCAGUCUGAACAGUUAUUGAAGCUGGCAGUCUGUGAGAAUUGCGGCCUAGAGCCUGCGGGAGAGAAGGAGAGGAUCGUCCAGGAGCAGGCCUGGAAGGAAAUUCUGUGCCCAACAGAAGAAAUCCUUAAGACCAUCCACAAUCAACUACGCUAG